AGAGAGAGAGAGAGAGAGAGAGAGAGAUGGGAAAGGAGGAAGCGAAGCUGAGCGAGGCGAAGGCGUCGUACCGGAGCGCCAAGGCGAUCAGCAACCACGAGGAGGAGGCCCGGUGGGCCAACGUCGUCGGCAACUUGCACAAGGACCGAGGCGAGUACUUGCAGGCCCUCACCUGGUUCAGCAUCGAUUACGAUCUAUGCACCAACUACCUCUCCCCCAAGCACUCCCUCGCCACCUGUCAGUCCCUCGGCGACGUCUAUCUCCGCCUCGAACGCUUCGAAGACGCCCUCGUUUUUCAGAAAAAACAUUUAAAGCUUGCCGAGGAGGCCAAUGACCUUGUUGAGCAGCAAAGGGCCAAUACUCAACUAGGUCGUACCUACCACGAUAUGUAUUUGAAAUCCAUGGAGGAACAUCAGUCGUUGCGGAAUGCCAAAAAGUACUUUGAGUCUGCUAUGAAGCUUGCACAGGCUAUAAAAGACAACCCAGCUAGGUAUAAAUCUUCCUUUAUCAAGGAAUAUAUUGACGCGCAUAACAAUAUAGGAUUGCUUGAACUUGAUCGUGAUAACCUUGAGGAGGCUGAGAAGAUCUUUACUAAAGCAUUAAAGAUAUGCGACCAAGAAGAGGUGAAUGAAUAUGACGAUGCACGCACCAGGCUCCAUCACAAUCUUGGAAAGGUUUACACAGAUCUGAGGAGGUGGGAUGAUGCUAAGGAACACAUUGAGAAGGACAUUCUGAUAUGUAAAAAAAUUGGGCAUUGUGAAGGAGAGGCAAAGGGGUAUAUCAAUCUUGGCGAGUUGCAUAACUGUGCCCAGAGCUAUCAGAACACAAUCCUUUGCUACCAAAGAGCACUUAAUCUAGCAAAAUCAAUGGAAGAUGAGGAUGCUUUGGUCAGUCAAAUUGAAGACAAUAUCAGAACGGUUAAAGAGAUGGCUAAAGUUAAAGAUGACAUGAAGAGAGAAGAGCAGAAUCUCAAGAAGCUAACAAGAGACAUGGCCAGAGCAAGAGGCACAACGGAUAAGAGGAAGUGUCAGCUCAAGAAAAUUGUUUCUCUUGAUGCGCUUAUUGAAAAAUCAGAGACAAUACGUUAUUGGCUAAAGGUCCUUGAAUUUGCAAAAAAGAAGAAGAAAGUAGCAACUGAAAUUUGUGAUAAAGAAAAGAUUGCUGAUUCACUUCUGAGCAUUGGAUUAUCCUACAUGAACACAAGGAAGUUCCAGAAAGCUCAUAAAUGGUACAUGAAGGGCUUGAAAAUUUACAAAUCACUUGGAAACUUGGAAGGUCAGGCUUUGGCACAGAAUAACAUAGGUAGUGUUUUGGACAGUGAAGGUGAUUAUGAAGAAGCACUGAAAGCAUAUACAGAUAGCUACAGGCUUGCUGUUGAGGCUAAACUUCCUGGUGCACAGCUUACUGCACUACAAAAUAUGCACUAUAGCAACUUGAACAGAUUCGACGAUGUUGAAGAGACCAGGAGAUUGCAACGUCUAAUUGACAAAUUGAGGCAGCAAAGAAAUGAAGUGCUCAAAACUGAAAAUAUGGAAGAUUGUUGCCCUGAAUCUAGUAUAGAAGGGUCUGGUGAUUUCUCUGAUAACAUGCCUACUGCAUGCUGUUCAGAAGAGACAAGAAACUCCCAGUCUAGCAGAUCACAGUCUUUAAACCGAAAGGAAGAGCUGAAUGAUGAUGAUGUACCUCUAAUAUCUCUUGUCCGGUCUGCCAAAGUCUUAUCUAAGAUGAAAUCAGUUCAUUCAGCAAACAAUGAGCAUAAACUGGUGGGCCGUAAGCGCAUUCGCCUAGUACUGUCUGAUGAUGAUGACGAGAUCAUUGAUGCGGCGGAAACCUCAAACGUCAGGCCUUAUAAGAUCCCAUUAAAUGUUAUUACGUCUAGUGAAGGUAAUACUAGAAGUAAUACAGCCAGUCCUACUAAUUUUCAGGAAACCUUAGCUGUUACCUCAAAUUGUGCCACAAGAUCUUCUGGUCUUCCUAUUAAUACUGACGAAAGCUCUAGUUCAUGCAAAUCCAGGACUCAUAAUAUGGCCACUCCCGAAGGCAAUUGUUUUAGAGCGUCAAGUUCUGGUGAAGGUCUUAAUGCUAGUGGCUCUAGAUGUGAUGUCACCGCCUCAGGAAAUAUAUUGCAGAAAAAUGGCGAUGCACAGUUUAUGCUGCUUACUUUCGAUGAUAAACAUAACGAGUAUAUAACUUUUGAAAUUGAUGAAGACCUAAUACAACACUCAUUCAUGUCUCCUAAUAAUCUAAGCAUUGAGUCAGCAAAGGUUCAAUUGGCAUGCUUAUACUACUUGCAACUUCCUCUGGAAAGAAAACUCGAGGGGCUGCUUCCAAUAAUUCAGAACGUAAAAUGUGGUGGAAAGGUUAUUAGCUCCCUAGAAACAGUUGAAUCAUUUCAGGGACAUAUGGGAAAAGUUGUGGUUGAAGCUGUCAUUGAUGGAUGGGUCCAAAAGCGUUUGAUAAAACUAUAUACUGAACACUGUUACAAGUUAUCUGAAACACCCAACAUGAAGUUGCUAAAGAGACUAUAUGAUCUGAAGGUUUCAGAUGAUGAAAUUACUGUUUCUGAAUGUGAAUUGCAAGAUUUAUCAAUAACACCGUUGUUGGAUGCCCUUCAUGCCCAGAAGAGGUUUGCAAUGCUAGACCUUUCCCACAAUAUGUUAGGAAAUGGUACUAUGGAUAAACUCUCUCAAGUACUUAUAUCAUCAGGCCAAAAAUAUGGUGGCUUAGUGUUGGAUCUGCAUUGCAACAGCUUUGGUCCAACUGCUUUGUUUCAGAUUUGUGAAUGCCCUCUCCUAUUUACUCGAUUGGAAGUGCUUAAUAUGUCAGGAAAUCGUCUCACUGAUGCAUGUGCAUCUUACCUUUCAACUAUCUUGGAAAGGUGCAAGGCUCUUUGCAGUUUGAGUAUAGAGCGAUGCUCCAUCACAUCUAGAACUAUUCAAAAGGUUUCUGAUGCACUGAAUGCUGAAUCUGUCCUUGAGCAACUCUGUAUAGGAUAUAACAAGCCUAUUUCUGGAAACACCAUUACAAGUUUACUCAUCAAGCUAGGCACUCUGAAAAGAUUUUCAAAAUUAAAUAUGAAAGGCUUAAAGCUGAGCAAGCCUGUGGUUGAUAGCCUAUGCCAGCUUGCUAAGCACUUGUCUUUGUCAGCACUAAUGCUCGGGGAAACUGGUAUCGGACUUGACGGGGCAUUAUUAGUAACCGAGUCAUUAUUCCAUGGAAAUGAAGAGAUCACGGAACUUGACUUAUCAUAUUGCGGACUGACACAUAAUUAUGCUGUCAAAUUAAGCACUAAUUCUUCUAUGACAUGUGGCAUUCUUGAGCUUAGCCUUUCAGGAAAUCCGAUUUUGCAGGAGGGUAGCAAUGCAUUAUCAUCAAUGCUUUUGAAUGCUCAAUGUUGUCUGAAAGUUUUGGACCUUCAAAAGUGCCAGUUUGGGAUCUCUGGCGUUUUGCAAAUUAUCCAGGCAUUAUCAGGUAAUACUUGUCUUGAAGAGCUCAAUCUUGCUGAUAAUGCUGAUUCUGGUAAAGGGCAGUCUUUCAAAGAACAAGUUAAAGAGCAUUCUGCACCAUAUGACAUGGCAGAAAAAGGGUUUGUCGGACUAUUGCAGCCAGACACCAAUAUACUUAAAUCUUCUCCCUUAGUAUCUUUGACCAGAGAUGUUAGCCAGCUCGAAGUUGCUGAUAGUGAAGAUGAUGAAGUUGGGGCUGAAGCUGCUGCAUCUGCACGCGCCCAGAGCUGCUCAAGCUCAUGUCAGAGAAACUCCUUGUCUACUGAGUGUCAAUUUCUUGAAGAGUUUGCAACUGCCAUUGAUAUGGCAAAGAAUUUGCGGUUCCUGGACCUAAGCAAAAACGGUUUCUCCAAAGAAAAUGCAGAGAUAUUGUAUUCGUCAUGGUCAAAAUCAAGAUCUGUUGCAGCACGGAGGCACAUCAAGGAUAAGACCAUCCAUUUAUUUGUGGAGGGAAUGAAGUGUUGUCUGAAACCCUGCUGCAGGAAGGAAUAAUUAGCUUCACCUGCGUAGUUUCAAAUAUCACCUCAAGGCUGUUAAAAUCUAUAGGCACAUCGCUGUAAAAUAAGUAAAUGAGAAAAUGUCUAGGCUGCACGAGGAGCCCAACUAGUGCAUUUAUAUGCUUUGGCAGUUCAAGAAUUGUUUCCCGUGCUUUAGUGUACUACACUACAGAUACAUCUCUUGAAUAUGACAUAUGACAACCAUGGCUAGUUAUAUCGACACGACACAAUAAA